GACCAACUCAAAGCUCAUCACGCAAUAAUACACUAUAUAUUAUUCCUCUCUGCCUUUAUCUUUCUCUCUCCUUCGCUUUGCGAACUCCAGGGGCAGCUACGAGAGAACACAAAGCACAGGACCUUAGCUCGGAACCCUACCUCACCGCCUUGUUACCGCCGUAUUGGUGGUUACAAUGUCGACUCCAGCUAGAAAGAGGCUGAUGAGGGAUUUCAAGAGGUUGCAGCAGGACCCUCCUGCUGGUAUUAGUGGUGCACCUCAAGACAACAACAUUAUGCUUUGGAAUGCCGUGAUAUUUGGUCCUGAUGACACUCCUUGGGAUGGUGGUACGUUCAAGUUGACUCUUCAAUUCUCUGAGGAUUACCCCAACAAGCCACCAACAGUGCGGUUUGUUUCUCGCAUGUUUCAUCCUAAUAUUUAUGCAGAUGGAAGUAUAUGUUUGGAUAUUCUUCAGAAUCAAUGGAGUCCAAUUUAUGAUGUUGCGGCAAUACUUACAUCCAUUCAGUCAUUGCUGUGUGAUCCAAACCCCAACUCACCUGCAAACUCGGAAGCAGCUCGGAUGUUCAGUGAGAAUAAAAGGGAGUACAAUCGCAGAGUGAGAGAAAUUGUUGAGCAGAGCUGGACUGCUGACUGAUUCUAGGGACGAAAGAUGUCCUUGCAGACCUCAGAUGAAGAGCACCAUGGCUCAGCUAUGUUAUAUUUACGGAUUGAAACCUCCUCUUUGAAAUUUUAUUUGAAUGGAACUCUCAUUUUGUUUGAUCCUAGUAUUCUGGUUAGGUUCUAUUGCCUAAUUGUCAUUUGCUGCAUUGCAUUGACAAGCUUCUGUAAUAUAUGGAUUGCGUUUUGGUUUAGAAAUGCAAGGAACUUCCCAUACGCAUGGGAAUUGUUUUUCAUGUACUUAUUUUGCUAUAAAAUUUUGAGUAGUUCUAAGC